AUGGACGAACCUGGCCGUCAACAGCGUGACUCUACAGCAUACAUAGUAUACAUCGUAAUCGAGUCGUCCCAUCGCAGUGGCUACUGUAUCCCUACUAAGAGAUCACGCUCAGUUGGUUUCGAGCAGGGAACACAUUCGAUACAGCAGAACAAGCGAAAAGAAGAAAGCAAAAAAAAAAAAAAGAAACGAGGUGAAGAAAAAUCCAAGAUCGGUAAUUCGAUAGAUCAAGAACUCAAUCUCAAGAUCUCAAUCUUCAAUUCCGAACUUAAUGCUUUUCUUUUUGGCGGAAAAGAAAAUAACAUGUGGUUUGUUUGGUCGGUCGUAGAUCUAUCAUUCGUCCAUCCAGGGUUUCGCAAGGACGAUGCAUUUAAUUUAGGGGUCUGGAGAUGUGCAGUUCGGUUUACGAAAGGAGGGAGAACAACUCGAUUUAGGGGUUUGAACGAUAACCUUCGUCCCUCGAGAGAAAGCAAAAAUGGACGUGAACUGGGCACGAACCGUGUAACAUGCUCCCGCACAUCGAGGGAUCCUUUACAAAAGUGCUACUCUGCUGUUUAUCGAGAAGAGAUGAAAAAAAACGUCGAUCUCGAUCGGACAUCCUAA